AAGAUUUCACGUGGUACAGAAAUGAACCAAUUGCAUUGCGAGUCGUGUUGUACUGCCCAAAGAUUGAAAACAACGGUCUAGGUUUGAUCAUUUCUAACAUUGCUGUCAGAAAGAACAGCUAGAAACAUGGCCACAGCACAGUCAACACUGAUGUUCGCAGUGUGCAUCCUAAUGAUAGCAGAACUUAUACUGGCCAGAAAAGACUACUACGAUAUUCUUGGCGUCCCAAAAGAUGCUUCUGAACGUCAGAUCAAAAAAGCUUUUCACAAACUUGCCAUGAAAUAUCAUCCAGACAAAAACAAGAGCCCAGAUGCAGAAACAAAAUUUCGAGAGAUUGCAGAGGCAUAUGAAACCCUAUCCGAUGAGAAGAGAAGACAAGAGUAUGACCAGUUAGGAAACAAUCCAUUUACAAGUGAAGACAUGGGUGGAGAAGGAGGUGGGCAACACCAUUCCUUUGAUUUCAACUUCGAUGACAUGUUCAAAGACUUUGAUAUCUACAGCCAAAAUAGGCAUGCUCGUCCGAAACGUCAUUUCGACGAACAAUUCAGAGCCCACCAGCAAGCACACAACCGCCAUAAGAGACAUUUUCAGGGUGCUUUUGGCGCUGGUGUCUUCGAAGACAUGUUUGAAGAUAUGGAGAAGAUGUUUACAUUUGACAAGCACGUCAAAAGGACAGAAAGCAGGUUUCAGGGAACAGCCAAACAGCACUGCAGAACUGUAACCCAGAGGAGGGGAAACAUGGUGACCACUUACACUGACUGCACCUCAUCUUGAAUAUCAGAGCGGACCACGGCUCAGAGGAUUAUGCUACUUUUAUUUUUUUUUGUCUAAUAAGACUGAUUUAUUUGCUUGCUGCUGUGAAGAGUGAGGUGCGAUUUUACCUGUGACUGUGAGUGAUUUAUUUCUGAGGAGGAUGAGUAGUUUCGAGUUUUCAGUUUGAUUGACACUAUGUUGAAUAUUAGAGCCUCUUAAAAAAGUUUGUUUUCAUUCUCGCAGUUGCGAAAUUAUACAUAUUAAUCUUCUUUGAGAUUAAUUUCUUCAGGGGAAAUUGUGACCCCCUUAUAUUAGUGUGCAUAUAUAUAUAUUUAAAUUGCACUUCCUUAACAUACAUAACAAGUGACUGUACACACAAAAUUCAUUGCUUUUAUAAUUGUUUAAAAAAUCCUGACACAUAGCAUCAAAGAGACCAUAUGUAUCUUCCAUUACUUAAUUUACUUAUCUUGCAUUUUUUGUGUUGGUGCUAAAUCAUCAAAAUAUUAUCUGAAGCUAAACAAAUGUUUGCUGAAUUGUUGUGAAUAAUAGAGUUAAUUAUAUUUAAUAGUUUCUCAACUUAACACUUGUUAGAUAGAAAGUGUGCCUUUCCCACUCAUUGAUUCAAUUGGAAUGUAAACAAAUUGGAGCACUUUUUUUUAUCUUGUGUGUAUUACAGUUUGCAUGGCUUAAAAAAGCUGAGCUUAGUUUUUUCAUCUGUUGUUGAGUUGGGUUUGUAAACAGCUUUUGUUUUAGGUAAGCAAAACAAGUCUGACAGGCCAAUGUGUAUAACAUCUAAUUUGUUACAAAGGAUUUGCAUGAAGAUGUAACUCCAGAGGAACAUGGACGACUUGAAUUUCUGUUUUUAUGUAAAUAUUAUAUAUUACCCAGCUGUGAUCUUGUGUGACAUUACCUGUGUUGAAUGUUCUGUCUUAAAUAAUCUUGUGUGCAAUAUUGAAAGGCAGCUGUCCUGUUGGUAUAAAUGUUACUGCUGUCAUAGUUAUGAGUCUCAAUUGACAUCCGGCACUUUCUCUAUUUUAAUCCUAUGGAUGAAAAUAAAAAAUAGCAUUUGGUUACACUUUAUUUUACAGUGCCCGUGUUACAGUGUAAAUAUACAUUUAAGUACUGAGUAAUAAAAAGCAACUACAUGUACUUACUAUAGGGUUAGGAUUAGGGUUUGGGUCAGGGUUAGUUACAUGUAAUUAUGCAUAAUUUAUAGUAAAUACUAUAGUAAAUACAUGUAACAUGCGUAACAAGGGCACCGUAAAAUAAAGUGUUACCUAGCAUUUGUGACCAGAUGUUUAAUAUAACGUAUUUGGGUAAACAAUAAAACGUUUUCAAAACUGAGUUUGUAACCUUUU